AUGAUUGGUUCUUUGAAGAGGAUUGGAAAUUUGUUGGGUAAGUUACUUAAGAUUGACACUCUGACUACUACUCAGAAUAGGGGUAAAUUUGCUCGACUAUGUGUGGAAUUGGACCUCACGAAACCUCUUGAGGCUUUUAUUCAAAUUAAUCAAGGAGCAUUGUACUUCGAAAGAGAAGUUUGCUUAAGACAACCUGGGGCAGACUCGUCUACAACUGGUCUGAAGGUUAGUGAAGAUUUUGGCUUUAAUAAUGUUGAUUCUGGUGGUAUGGCAAUUCAAGGGACUACAAGGAAGUCUUAUGUUUCUAAAAAUGGUGCUAGUUUUGAAAAGAAAGUUUGGACUAAGGCUAGGCAAACUAAUGUUGGAAACAGGGCUGUGCUUAGUGAUAUUUCUAAACAACCUGGUAAGUCAAGGGCUUCAGGAUUAUUUGGUGGUAAAACAAAUUUGGGUUUCUCUGGGUUUUCUAAAAGUAGUGUGAGCAAUAAAGGCAUGAAGGUUGUGGAUGAGAGCAGAGCUUUUGUUUUCGACUCUGUGAAUGCUUACAUGGAUUCUUGGGGGAAGGGUCAGAGUUUGUACCAGGAGAAGGCUGUCUAUAUAUUUGGACAUCAACCUCCAAAUAUAGCUAAUAAUGGUGAUCAUCAUGGAAAGGAUUGUGAUCCUGAGGAUGAUGAGGAUUAUGUUGCUUCUUCUCUUCAUGAUGGUUUGCUUUUUGAUGAAGGGAUGGAUAUCUCAGCAGGUAAGGUGAAUGAUUCCAAUGGGAAUGUGCUAAGAAUUGUGGGGGCAAAAGCCCUUGAUGUGGUGAAGUCGCUGGGGUUUUUGUGCUUUGAGGUGGUUGAUUCCAUUGGUUUUUUUGGUGGUCUUUGGCUCUUGUGGAAUGAUAGUAAGUUGCCUUGGAUUCUUGCUGGGGACUUUAAUGACAUGCUAAAUUAUGAUGAUAAAUUAGAGGGAGCUCCUCUUUGUAGACUUAAAGGUUCAGAAAGUGGUUUGAUGAUGAUUGAUCUUGGGUAUUCUGGUCCUAAAUUUACUUGGAGUAAUAAAAAAGUUUUGGAAGAAUUGAUCGAGCCGUUUGUAAUGUACAGUGGCAAAGGCUUUUUGCUGAAGCUUUUGUUAAGCAUUGCUGAAAACCAAAUAUGA